CCGGGUAUCUAGGCUUUGUGCCAGAGCCUCGGGCCCGAAUGUUAUAAUGGCUGGGUCACAAUUCUGAUUGUUUUGUUCCUUCAAGUUCACUUUUGUAUUGCACACUUGUUCUAUUCCCCUGACAGCAUGUUAUUGGCGCUUUUCUCUCUCCUUUUCUGUGUCGUACGGAUUGCGUACGGCCGAUGGGUGCGAUUGUUCCGCACCCAUGUGCCUCAUGGAUUUAUGAGUAAUCAUAGUAAUAAAUUAAUACUCAUGUACAUAUGGCAGCCGUUGUUUGUAGUAAGAGUGGCAUAUACUUGGAACGGGUCUUCCUGCUACCCUACUUUUGAGACACCGCAGUGACGUUUUUCCAGUAAAGUAGUGUAAGAUCAAAAUUCUUAGACUGAG